CGGAAACUAUGGGAUGCGGAUGAUAAUUUUCCCAUGAGAUUACGCCACCGCGAAAACCCGAAACAUCCCCUUUUAUCCGCGUGACCCCACACACUGAAUUGGUGGUUUGUAGGGUUAAUUACCGAAGAGAAUCACACAACUUAAUUCGAUUUAACUUUGUUAGUUCUAGAUGGCAAUGCCUGGUAGACGUACCAAUUACACCUUGUUGACUCAGAUUCCCGACGACGAUCACCUCCAGCCACCGCAACCUCCUCCUCCGUCGAUCUUCUCUGGUGGCACCGGAAGCGGUGGCGCAUACGACUCAUCUCACCACUCUCACUCCGGGGAAAAAAAGAGGAACGAAAGAGCUGGAUUUGAUUGGGAUUUGAUGAACAUGACAACUGAUCAGAGGAUGCAGCAACCUCGCCAAACGGCCUUUCCGGCCUCGAUCGGUGGAUUGCAGAGGCAAUCGAGCGGGAGUAGUUACGGAGAGAGUUCUAUUUCGGGUGAUUACUUUCUUCCGUCUUUGUCGGCGGCGGUGAACAGUGGAGGUGGUGAUCCCGAUGCUUAUGGUCACUUGCCGGAUGGAGGUGGUGGUGAGGUGUUGAGGUUGAAGUCGUCGGAGGCUACUGCUGGUGGUUGUGGUGGGGGAGGGUCUUAUUCAUCGAAAAGUUGGGCACAACAAACGGAGGAGAGUUAUCAAUUGCAGUUGGCUUUGGCGCUACGGCUUUCGUCUGAAGCUAUGUGUGCUGAUGAUCCUAAUUUACUGGAUCCUGUGACGGAAGAAACCGCAGGGUCGAGGUCAUCCGGUUCUACGACAUCUGCAGAAGGUUUAUCACAUCGAUUCUGGGCAAAUGGGUGUUUGUCAUACUUUGACAAAGUCCCUGAUGGGUUUUACUUGAUAUAUGGAAUGGAUCCAUACGUAUGGAUGAUGUGCUGUGAUCUACAAGAGAGUGGAAGAAUUCCAUCACUUGAGUUGUUGAAAGCCAUUGAUAUUGCAACUGAGUCUUCAAUUGAAGUGAUCUUGAUUGAUAGGCGUAAUGAUCCCAGCCUUAGGGAACUACAAAAUCGGAUUCAUAGCAUUUCAUGUAAUAGCAUUACUACAUUAGAAGUUGUUGAUCAACUUGCAAAGCUUGUAUGCAAUCGAAUGGGGGGCACAACUUUAAGUGGUGAAGAUGAGUUGGUUUCAAUGUGGAAGGAAUGCAGUGAGGAUCUGAAAGAUUGUUUAGGAUCUGUUGUACUUCCAAUGGGUAGCCUCUCUGUUGGCCUUUGCAGACAUCGGGCCCUACUAUUUAAAAUUUUAGCAGAUACAAUUGAUUUACCAUGUCGAAUCGCCAAGGGCUGCAAAUAUUGUAAAAGAGAUGAUGCUUCUUCUUGCCUUGUUCGUUUUGGUGUUGACAGGGAACUUCUUGUUGAUUUAAUAGGGAAUCCAGGAUGCCUCUCUGAGCCUGAUUCUUUAUUAAAUGGUCCAUCAACAAUCUCAAUUUCUUCCCCAUUGAGGUUCCCACGUUUUAGACAAGUUGAACCCAUGGUUGAUUUCAGAUCACUUGCUAAACAGUAUUUUGCUGAUUGUGAAUCUUUGAAUCUUGUAUUUGAAGAUCCAUCUAUUGGUGAUGGAGAUAUUGUUGAUGCUAUCUACCCAAAACAAUCUGAAAAAAGUCAUGUUGAUAUAAUACGUAAUAGUCCAAGCAACAGCAAUGAUGGGUCCCGUUUACCUCCUUCAAAAGCUGCCCUCCGCCCGAAAGGUCAAGGUCAUGACAGAAGCUCACAUCUGCCCAAAGUAUAUGCCCAGAACAUCAUGGGCACCUCAAAAAUGGAUUCCCAAUCAUAUGUCUUGUCUUCUGAUACACGAAUGGAAGUGCCUAGUAAUCAGAUUCAGAGGUUUGAAACUAGUGGUCAAAGUCAAAGUCAACCCCAUAAAGACAGAGGCAAUUUCACCAUGGAUGUCGAAGAUUUGGACAUUCCUUGGAGUGAUCUUGUUUUGAAAGAAAGAAUUGGAGCAGGUUCUUUUGGUAUUGUUCAUCGUGCUGAUUGGAAUGGCUCUGAUGUUGCUGUGAAAAUUCUUUUAGAACAAGAUUUUCAUCCAGAGAGGUUGAACGAAUUCUUGCAGGAGGUUGCAAUAAUGAGAAGAUUAAGGCAUCCAAAUAUUGUUCUUUUUAUGGGAGCAGUCACUCAGCCUCCGAACCUGUCAAUAGUGACAGAAUAUUUGUCCAGGGGUAGUUUGUAUAGGCUGUUGCAUAAACCUGGAGCAAAAGAGGCAUUGGAUGAGAGGAGAAGGCUGAGUAUGGCAUAUGAUGUGGCAAAAGGAAUGAAUUACCUCCACAGACGCAAUCCUCCUAUUGUUCACAGAGAUUUGAAAUCUCCAAAUCUUUUAGUAGACAGGAAAUACACAGUAAAGGUGUGUGAUUUUGGGCUUUCGAGGUUAAAAGCAAACACGUUUCUUUCAUCCAAGACUGCAGCAGGAACACCUGAAUGGAUGGCACCUGAAGUUCUUCGUGAUGAACCUUCAAAUGAGAAAUCAGAUGUUUACAGUUUUGGUGUGAUUUUAUGGGAGCUUGCUACUUUGCAACAACCCUGGGGUAACCUAAAUCCUGCACAGGUUGUGGCAGCUGUUGGGUUUAAAUGCAAGAGGCUUGAGAUUCCUCGUGAUGUAAACCCUCAAGUAGCAGCAUUGAUUGAAGCCUGUUGGGCAAAUGAGCCAUGGAAACGCCCUUCGUUUUCAGCCAUCAUGGAUACAUUGAGACCCUUGACAAAACCUCCUACUCCACAAACAAGUCAAACAGACGUUUCACUACUUGCAUAAACUUUUCACAAUAUAUGGGAAAUUUUUGAUGAUGAGGGCAAGAAGGGCAUUUACGUCUCUUUACACAGAUGAGAGACUGACAUCGGACUAGGACUGUGAGACUGAUGCAAGACAACAUAAUAGCUUUAAUUUUAUAUCCCAUCCAAAAAGGUGGGACAUGCACUCGCUCUUGAUCAAUCAUAUAUGUAAAAAGACGUAAAUGCCCUUCUUGCCCUCAUCAUCAAAAAUCGCCCUAGAAAAAAAAAAACUUGUUCAGUUGGGUCCAUGUCCAGUACCGGUUGGAUUCUGUCAACAUGAUGGGGAUUGGACAGGACAGGACUUGGACAAGCCUUUCAGGCUAUUUUUUAUGAGGACGAGGAGGGCGUUUACGUCUUUUUUAUAUAUAUGAGUUAUCAAGAGCGAGUGCAUGUCCCACCUUUUCAGAUGGGAUAUAAAAUUAAAAUUAUUAUGUUUCGUCUUACAUUGGUCUCACAGUCCUAGUCCAAUGCAUGUCUGUCAAACGUAGAACAACCUGUUCUGUUGUGUCGUGUUUGGUAAAGUGAGAUUCUGAUGGGUGAUUUAAUGUAGAUGUGUUGCAGGCUGAUUGGUGUACAUAUGUUUUUUUGGAAAAUUUUUAAUUUUCGUUUAAUUGGAAUCCAAGAAAGACAUAAUGGGUUUUUCUACAGGAGAAGAAAUUUGUUGGUCUGUUUGUUUUGUUUGUUUAAUCAUGUAGAAGGCGUCGCGUCUUGUCUUGUCUUGAUUGUCUGGUCAUAAUUUUGUAUUGUUUGUUGUAAUGAAAUAAUAAUCACAGCUUAUAGGAAUUGAAUUUUUUUUUAUUACAUCCUUUUCGAAAAUUAACAUUUAUAUAUAUAG